UAUUUGGUUCCCGCUAAGAACAGUUCGCUCAAAUUAGCUCCAUUAGCUCCACAGCUGAUGCAUGUCUUCAUUUCCCAAUAGACUGACAGUUUCGCUCCUUUCAUUGUAUUAAUACUUUCUUUCCUUCAGCCGGUGAGGAGGGUCGUUACAGCCCACAUCAGCGAUGGCGAGCCGCCUCCCUUUUCACUCACAGCUCUCCUCCAUCAUGGAGACGAUGGCCAAGUCUGUCCUGAGUCAGGUCUGCAAACUGGUGGACGAAGACUCGAGUGAGCUCCGGUUGGAGGUGUCUCGGCUGCUGGUUGCAAACUCAGCCCUGGCAGAGAAAGUGAACAGCCUGCAGUGCGAGCUGACGGUUGUGAGAAGCGACGCCUCCAAGUUGUGUAAAAGUUAUCGCAGCGUAGGUGUACAAACUGUCUGCUUCAGAGACGGGGACGCUUAUGAGUCUGGACCUCCCACCAUAGAGGGGAUCUUUGGAAAAGAAUGGUGUAUGAAUCUGUGGAAAGACAGAGACCCAUACAGCCUGGAGAGAGUCACAGACUCGCCACAGUCCUCUGAGAAAGUAAGAGGAAGGUUUGCAGAGGUAUUAAAUGUGUAUGGCUAUAAACAAAGGCAAGAAAAGCAGUCCGUAGCGACGCUGUCUGACCAAAUUACUGUGACUGAGAUCAAAGAGGAGGAUUAUGUGGGGGACGCUGUCUCCAGCUGCCGACAGGAAACACUUAGUAUUGAAGAACAUGAAGAAAGCAUUGCAGAGGAACCAGAGACACUGUCAGUUGGUUACUCGGCUGAUGGCAGCACUUGCAGCCUGUCAUUUGAUCAGGAUGGAGAACAGGUUGUGUCUGCAGGUGGUAUUGAAGAACCACCCAUGCAGCUGAUAUCCAUCAGUGACACAGAGGAGGCCUUCAGCACUCAUAUCAUUCCAAUUGAGGAGGAGGAGGAGGAGGAUGUACAGUUUAUUCAAGAAAGUCAGCAGGAGCCAAUGAUGAACACAGCAGGGGGGCCCAGCCACAAAAAGCAGCAGACAUCUGAAAACAGCACUGCUGUGGAUAAAGAUUCCCAUGACGACUGUAAUAUGCUUCAUGUAAAAACCACCAGAGAUCCAAAUAAAAACAAAUUCACUUGUCGAAUAUGUAGCAGGACAUUCUUCCACAAGGGCACUCUAACACACCACAUGAAAUCGCACAAGUCAAACUUUUGCAAUAUUUGUAAGCAGCAUUUUCCUCACAGGAACAAGUUGAACUUGCACACCUGCGUGCCUCCAGUUCCUUCUCAGAGAGUCAGUAAGUCAUGCGAGCUGUGCGGGAAGACCUUUGCAAACCCAUCAGCUCUGAGGAUUCACUACGUCGUCCACACCGGAGAGAAACCCUACAGGUGCAGCUUAUGUGGGAAAGGGUUCACCCAGAAAGGCAAUCUGAAAUGUCACCUACGUAUCCACACUGGAGAGAGGCCGUUCUGCUGUGUUAGAUGUGGGAAGACUUUCACGCAAAAGGUCAACCUCAAUCAUCAUUUAAUGGCUCACAGAAAUCGUGAGGUGGUGGGAGGGAAGUCCAUAGCAGUAAGACAUCUUAAAACCUUUACGGCUGAAACCUGUCAGUGACUGAUUGUGGUACAAGGUCAGUAGCAAUGUUCGCUGAAUGCAUUAUAUACUACUUAUCACUUUAAUGUAAAAGGGCAGUAAAUGUCAUGUUCGUAAUGACCUGUAGUCUGUAGUAUUGUUAAAAAAUCAGGAGUGUGGAGCAAAAUGUCGUGUUUUUGUCAUUUGUUUUUAUUUAAGAAACACAGUCAUGAAUGUUCACUUGUUGAUUAAAAUUUUAUUUGAUAGAA